UUAAGUUUAAAGAGCAUCUCUAACAACAACUCGGCGUGCAAUAAAUUUUAUGGUAAUAUCAUUCUAAGAAAAAGAGUACAUAUCUUUAAUCACUAAUAUUAUUUCUUCAUAUAAAUAUAUCUCUUAAAAUUUCACGAAUACUUCAGAUGUCGAAAAUAUUUAAAUUUGUAAUUUAUCGAGCACUAUAUUGAAAAGCAUACAAGGUGUCUAAAAAUAGACCCGAUAAAAACAUGGAAGAGAACGGGGAAAAUCGGUGUGCCUUCUCAUUUUCCGUAUCUUCUUUGCUGUCGUACCAACAACCGAAAUUACCGGUAGCAGUUGAAGAAAAGUUGUGUGUCGCACCUAAAGCUCAAAACCUCAUGACGUUUUGGAAUCAAGGUAACUUAAUGCAAAACUGCGUUUAUUUAACAAAUGAAAACCUAGAAAAUUGCUCUAUGAAGAAACCAACUCCUCAAAACAUACAAAAAAAUGCAGGGAAUAUAACAGCAAACUACUGUUGUCCUGAUAUUUGGCAAUCGAAAAAAUCGUGCGUCCUCGAAAAUGCAAGACAGCCAACAGCAUUAUCUUGUACAGAUUGCUGCAAACUCAUUUCCUCAGAAAAAAGACAUCAGACGAAUGUGCAAUUCCAUAUGGAACAAUCAAUUUCUGCUUGGACUCCAAAAACAUUUUCUUGGUAUGACAGAUUCGCGAAUUUGGAGGGAGAUAAAAGAUCCGUUUUUAUGGCACCACAAGACUAUGUUUCAACAGUCAUGAACACGGUACAAGAGCCUUCUAUUUGGUUGCCAUACACGCCAUGUGCCUUUGCUGGUGGAUGUGAAAGCACUAUUUCCAGGAUAACGGACACUACAAACAUCAACACAGUGAAGUGCCAACUCCGACGUCACAAGAGCAAUCGCAAACCUCGCACUCCAUUCACUUCACAUCAGUUGCUCACUCUGGAGCAAAAAUUUCGCAACAAACCGUACCUUUCUCUUUCUGAAAGGGCAGAAUUCAGUUCUUCUCUCAAACUGACCGAGAUGCGGGUGAAAAUUUGGUUUCAGAACCGGCGAGCUAAAGCCAGACGAUUGAAAGAAGCUGAACUAGAAAAAAUAAGAAUGUCAAGCCGAACAUUUUACAGCACACCAUCGAGAUAUUUGAACCCUUGUGUUAAAUCCAGAGAUUUCCAAAAUGAAUUUCUUAGAAAAUGCAAUUUUUUUCUGCCAGAAGCAGCACUGGACUUUGCCGCCCCUCUAAAGUAGCCGCUCAGGGCAAGAACCCCGGCUUGCCCCCCAUAGAUCUGGCUCUGGGAACUGGGGGUCAAUUUCUGGCAAGAGAGGAGUGGGAAAAACUUCUGAAGAAGGCCCGGAUUCCACAAAGAGCUGUCCUGCCAAUGUUGAUGAAUUUGACAAACCACUGCUUUUUUAUUACACAAAAUUAAAUGUAGAAUCAA